AUGCCAGCCGACUCUUCUUCUUGUCCAUCAUCAUCAUCAUCAUCAUUGAAUGUUGAUGAACAACCCAUUCAAAUCCUUCCUCUUGAUUUCUUCUCAACCAUUGAAAGUGCUGAUUGUGUUGAGACAUGUCCUUUCAAUCCUUCAAUUAUUACCUGUUGCACCUAUCAGUUAAUAACUCGUGAACUAACGAGUAGUACAGCAGAACAAGAACCAUCCUCCUCCUCCUCCUCCUCAUCUUCAUCAUCACCACCACCACCACCACAACAACAACAACAACAUCGAGGAUCCAUUUAUCAUUUCAAAAUAGUCACCACCAACACCACACAACCACCACAACUUUCUCUUCUUCAAACCAUAUCUUCUCUACCAUAUGGUAUAUUUGAUAUGAAAUAUAAUUCUUGUUAUCCACUGUUGGCUGUUGGACAAACCAAUCGAACACUCUCCAUCUAUCGAGUUAAGGGUAUCGAUUAUUCCGAAUUGGAAUUUAUGUGUGACUAUCAAUUUCAGGAAGGAUGUGGCCACAUGAUGAUUACAAGUGUGGAUUGGAGUAAUAUUCCAGGACACUGUAUUAAUACUCUUCAUCAUCGGGGUAGUGGUGGUGGUAGUAGUAGUGAUGGUGAUGAUGAUGGUGAUAGUGGUGAUCAAUCAUCAUUCUCUCAAACACUUCCAAUUCCUUCAUCAUCGUCUCCAUUGUUGUUGUUGUUGACUUGUGGAGAUUCUAGUGGACGAGUUCAUAUCUUGCAAUUAUCUUAUUUCAACAGUCAUCAUCAUCAUAGUAGUAGUAGUAGUAUUCAAAUUCAAUCCUAUUCCUCAUCCUCUCUGAAUCUUAUUCACACCUUUUCCAAUGCACAUGAAUGUGAAUGUUGGGCCAGUGCCUUUCAUUCUUUCAAUUCUCAACUCAUGUACAGUGGUGGAGAUGAUUCUAUAUUCAAAUUAUAUGAUAUUCAUAAUAGAAAGUGUAUAUUCAAGUCAUCGAAUAUGCAUUCCUCUGGUAUUUGUUGCAUUCAACAUUCUCCUUUUAAAGAAUAUGAAUUUUACACAGGUUCUUAUGAUGACACUUUGAAAGUUUGGGAUUGUCGAAUGUUCUCAAAUUCGAAUAGUGGUAGUAGUGGUAGUAUUAGUGGUAGUAGUAGUAUUAGUGGUCGAUUUCAACCCAUUCAUACGUUUGAAUUGGGUGGUGGAGUGUGGAAUAUUAAACCCAUUCCUCUUACUCACAAUCCUCUCAAGAAUCCUUUUUCCUUCAAUACUAGUAGUAGUAAUGAUGCGACUUUCAAACACAAUUUCAUUGCUACAGCCACCAUGUAUAAUGGUUUUCAUGUGUUGGACGUUUCAAACAAUAGUAUUGUUGCUCAUUACAUCCCAGGAGAAGAUUUACUUUCGUAUGGAAUUGAUUGGUGUGUUCCAUCAUUAUCACUCGAUGAUUCUCACAAGGACAGUAAUUGCAGCAGUAGUAUCAUGGAUCAGCAGACACCACCUCACUCAAAGGAUUUCACCACCACCACCACCACCAACUGCAUUUCAGAAGAAGAUUCUUUUUAUUUGGCGACAUGCACUUUUUAUGAUGGGACACUUCGAUUGACUCAAUUCAAAACAACGAGUGGAGAUUUGUAA